AUGGAGACCCCCCGAGCAUCCCCGAGGAGCUUCAGCCAGAGCUCAGAGCUGGUGGUCCAUGAGCAGCUUCAUGAUGGGGAGAAUCCCCACAAGUGCUCAGAGUGUGGGAAGAGCUUCAGGCACAGCAGCACCCUGAUCAGCCACCAGAUGAUCCACACCAGGGAAUGGGCCUACGAGUGUGGGGAAUGUGGGAAGGGCUUCAGUUACAGGUCCACCCUUGUGACCCACCAACGCAUCCACACUGGGGAGAGGCCCUACGAGUGUCCCCAGUGCCAGAAGAGCUUUCGGACCAGCUCCGAUCUCCUCAGGCACCAGCUCAUUCACACUGGGGAGAGGCCUUUCUGCUGCCCUGAGUGUGGGAAGGGCUUCAAGCGCAAGUCCCACCUCAUCAUCCACCAGCACAUCCACACUGGGGAGAGGCCCUACGAGUGCCCAACAUGUGGGAAGAGGUUUCAGACCAGCUCAAAUCUCCGUCUCCAUGAGCAGAUUCACACAGAGGGGAGGCCCUUCCGCUGCCCUGACUGUGGGAAGGGAUUCAAGCAUAAGUUCACCCUCAUCAGGCACCAGCGCAUCCACACAGGGAAGAGGCUCUUCGAGUGUCCCCAGUGUGGCCAGAGAUGGAGCCAGAGCUCGGAGCUGGUGCUCCAUGAGCAGCUCCAUGAUGGGGAGAAGCCUCACACAUGUGGAGAGUGUGGGAAGAGCUUCAGGCGGAGCUCCCACCUGAUCAGGCACCAGAGGAUCCACACUGGGGAGAAGCCCUAUGAGUGUGGGGAGUGUGGGAAGAGCUUCAGGGAGAGCUCCAGCCUGAUGGAGCACCAGAGGAUCCACACUGGAGAACGGCCCUUCGAGUGUGGGGAGUGUGGGAAGAGCUUCAGCCUGAGCUCCAACCUAAUCAAGCACCAGAGAACCCACACUGGAGAGAGGCCCUACGAGUGUGGGGAGUGUGGGAAGCGCUUCAGGUGGAGGGGCGACCUGAUCAAGCACCAGAGGAUCCACACUGGGGAGAGGCCCUUCGAGUGUGGGGAGUGUGGGAAGAGCUUCUCACAGAGCUCCCACCUGUCCUCACACCAGAGGACCCACACUGGGGAGAGGCCCUAUGAGUGUUCCAAGUGUGGGAAGGGGUUUCAGAUCAGCUCCCAUCUCAUCAGGCACUAUCAGAGUCACACAGAGGAGAGGCCCUUCCAAUGCCCUGAGUGCGGGAAGGGAUUCAGGCAGAACUUCCACCUCGUCAGGCACCGGCGCAUCCACACUGGGGAGAGGCCCUACGAGUGUCCCCAGUGUGCGAAGAGCUUCUCCAGCAGCUCUCACUUGACCCGACAC